AUGUCAUCAAGUGCAGACUCCACGCCCACCAGUAAUGAUCAACAGGAAACGGAAAGCAACUCAACAACAGAAACACCCACAACAGACGAAGGCGGUGAAAGAAAGAUCACUCUUCUUUUCCAAGCUGUGGGUAACGCUCCGAUUUUGAAAAAGAAGAAAUUCAAGAUCAAUGCUUCUAGCUCUUUCAAUGAAGUGAUAUAUUUUCUUCGGGAUAAACUGUUACGAAUCAACAAUCCAAACCAAAGCCUAUUUUUAUAUUGUGGACAGGCGUUUUGUCCAAAUCCUGAUGAUUUUGUUGGAGAUUUAUAUGAUCAUUUUAAUACGAAUAACAUGUUAGUGAUCAAUUAUUCUUUGAAAAUUGCUUGGGGAUAA